CAUCCUUCACUUUUCUUAGACAAAUUUUCGAUUGCCGACGUUGGAUAUUUUUCAUUGAUGUAAAAAAAGAAAAAGGAUGUAUAAUAGAAAUUGUUAAAUGAUUAAUUUGUGACUAUUAAACAUAUUAACUUUGAAGUAGAAAAUGCAUUUUCGAUUGUUAAUAAGUAUAUAUAUUUUAAGCUUAGUAGCUCAACAAAGUAUCCAAUUUUAUUUGCCAGGAUUGGCACCAGUUAAUUAUUGUAAAAAAGGUGAAUUCAGUUCACCUAGUUCUUGUAAAUCCGAUGUUAUACUAUAUGUAAAUCGCUUAAACACAGAAGAAUCUGUGAUACCUUACGAAUAUCACCAUUUUGAUUUUUGUGCUAUUGAUGAGCAAAAUUCGCCAGCAGAAAAUUUGGGUCAGGUGGUGUUUGGCGAACGUAUCCGUCCGGGACCUUACAAAAUUGAAUUUUUGAAGAAUGUUGAAUGCCAAAAGGUUUGUACGAAAGAAUAUAUCGGCGGAAAUCCAGACUCUGACAGAAGAUUAAUGGUUCUGAAGAAAGGCAUAAGUCUUAACUAUCAACAUCAUUGGAUUGUUGAUAAUAUGCCAGUAACAUGGUGUUUCCCAUCUGAUAAUGAAAAGCAAUAUUGUAGUACAGGAUUCCCGAUGGGCUGUUUAGUGCGUCAAUUACCUGAUGGCGAUGAAAGUUGUGCUAUUAAUCCAAAAUAUGAUAAACCUGGUGUAUAUUAUCCAUUUAAUCAUGUUGAUUUGACAAUUACUUAUCACAGUGGAAAAGAAGAAGAAUGGGGCGUGAAAUUUGGUGAAAAUGGAGGCAGGAUAAUUUCGGUUAAAGUUAUACCAUACUCUAUUAAUCAUAGAGAUCCAGAUCGUGUAAACUGUUCUUUAAAGUCUGAUCCAGUGGAAAUACCAUCUAGUGCUUUAGGAGCUGGUCAAAGAUUAUUUAUAACGUAUUCUUAUUCAGUGAAAUUUGUUGAAAAUAAUUUGGUGAAAUGGUCUUCUCGAUGGGACUAUAUAUUGGAAUCAAUGCCGCAUACAAAUAUUCAGUGGUUUAGUAUUUUAAAUUCCUUAGUAAUUGUAUUGUUCUUAUCAGGAAUGGUUGCUAUGAUUAUGCUUAGAACUUUGCAUAAGGAUAUUGCGCGUUAUAAUCAAAUGGAAUGUGGAGAAGAUGUGCAAGAAGAAUUUGGAUGGAAACUAGUUCAUGGAGAUGUUUUCAGACCUCCAAGAAAAGGAAUGAUUUUAGCUGUAUUUUUAGGUUCCGGGGUUCAAGUUUUCUGUAUGACUUUGAUUACUUUGGCAUUUGCUUGUCUUGGAUUUCUGUCACCAGCAAAUAGAGGAGCACUUAUGACUUGUUCAAUGGUUUUAUAUGUUUCCUUAGGCACACCUGCUGGAUAUGUAUCUUCACGAAUAUAUAAGAGUUUUGGUGGGAUCAAAUGGAAAAGCAACGUAAUUUUAACAUCUAUGUUGUGUCCAGGGGUGGUGUUCAGUCUGUUCUUUAUUAUGAACCUUGUUCUUUGGGGCAAAGGAAGUUCUGGAGCUGUCCCAUUUAGUACAUUAAUUGCACUUUUAGCUUUGUGGUUUGGCGUAUCUGUCCCUCUUACAUUUAUUGGGGCUUAUUUUGGCUUUAGAAAAAGGCCUUUUGAACAUCCUGUUAGAACGAAUCAGAUACCACGUCAGAUACCUGAUCAGUCAAUAUAUACCAAAGCAAUACCCGGUGUAAUAAUGGGUGGUGUAUUACCUUUUGGUUGUAUUUUUAUUCAAUUAUUUUUCAUUUUAAAUUCAAUUUGGUCUAGUCAAAUGUAUUACAUGUUUGGAUUCCUAUUUUUGGUUUUUCUAAUACUUGUAAUUACAUGUUCUGAGACAACUAUUUUACUUUGCUAUUUUCACUUGUGUGCAGAGGAUUAUCACUGGUGGUGGCGAUCAUUCUUAACGUCAGGUUUUACAUCAGUUUAUUUAUUUAUGUAUUGCUGUCACUAUUUUGCUACAAAAUUGUCUAUAAAAGAUGCUGCAUCUGUAUUUCUGUAUUUCGGCUACACAUCAAUUAUGGUAUUUUUAUUCUUUUUGUUGACUGGGACAAUUGGAUUCUUCGCAUGCUUUUGGUUUAUCCGAAAAAUUUAUAGCGUUGUCAAAGUUGAUUAAAGAAAAUAAGAAGUAUAAUUUAAUUUACAUGAAAAAUUAACUUAUGUUUGAUUGAAUCACAAACAAAAUAAUUUCUACUAUUAAUAAUCAAUUUAUUUUGUUUAUAAAAAAUUAGCUAUAAGAAAUUGCGAUAAAUUAGUGAGUAAUAAA